AUCGCCAGUUGGCUGUCGCAGUUGCUUUGCUUCGGUCGCAGAAAACUGUAUGUUUACCGUAUCGUGACCAUACGACCUGUACAGGGUCAGAUAGCGCGGUUAAUUUCGUUAAAAUGAUAAAGUAGAGUGAUAGUGCGUGCGGUGAAUUUUAACUUGCUUAAAUAAAUAGUUUACUAAAUUAUUUUAUUUAUUUAAUAAAAUAUAAUGAAUAUUGUCUAAAGUUUUGGCCACUAUAUAGUGUAAUAAAACUUAUAAAAAUUUACAAAGGAGAACACAACAUUAAUCGUGGAGAACGGCGAAGAAAUAGUAAAAGUAAACAAAAUGCACGUGCCAAACGGCGUCAUAAAUAGAGAUUCUUUUAAUAACGGCCCCGACCAGGUGAUACCCUCUAAUGAGUAUACGACGUGUUCUCCUGAAGGAUGUGUUAAAUUAAGAACAGAACCGAGAGGAGUAGCCGGGGAACCACCUAUAUCUGUGCCAGGUCUACUGAGCAGAACAGUAGCGAGGUACCCUGACGGCAUUGCAUUGGCUUCAAAGAAACAGGACGGAAAAUGGCACAAAGUGACGUACAAGCAAUAUCAGGAGCGCGUGCGCAUAGUAGCGAAGGCGUUCUUGAAACUGGGCUUACAAAGGUACCAUUCGGUGGCCAUCAUCGGGUUUAACACCGAACAGUGGUUCGUCGCAGACCUCGCUGCUAUACACGCAGGUGGCUUCGCGGCGGGCAUCUAUACGACGAACUCAGCCGAGGCCUGCUUCCACUGCCUGCAGUCGUCUCGAGCUAACAUCUGCGUUGUCCAGGACAAGAAGCAACUGGACAAAAUCCUCGCAGUGCGCAGCAGACUACCGGACUUGAAGGUCUUGGUGCAAUGGGAGGCGCCAGUCGACACGUCCAUACCAGGCCUGUACACUUGGGAGCAGAUACUAGAGAUAGGCGCCAAAGAACCGGACACACAAUUGGACAAGGUUCUCAAAAACAUUGCGAUCAACGAAUGUUGUACAUUGGUCUACACUUCCGGCACGGUGGGCGCACCCAAGGCGGUGAUGCUGUCACACGACAAUCUGACAUGGGACGUGCACGCCAUUGGAGAGCGUGUGGGAGACCUGCAGCCCUUAGCCGAGCGACUUGUGUCCUUCCUGCCGCUGUCGCACGUCGCUGCACAGGCAGUAGAUAUCUACACUACGCUAGCGCACGGGGUCACGGUGUAUUUCGCGCAACCGGACGCGCUGAAAGGCAGUUUAGUCGAAACACUGAAAGAAGUUAGGCCCACCAGAUUUCUCGCGGUGCCGCGGGUAUAUGAAAAAAUGCAUGAGAGAAUAAUGGCCGUGGGGGCAUCCAGUGGCGCCAUCACGCGGUUCAUCGCCAACUGGGCCAAGGAUAAAGGGCUCAAGUACCAUUUAGCUAGGAUUGAUGGUUCUUUGUCAUCGGAGAUGACGGGUCUACCCAUAGACUUCACCGUGGAAGAUAUGAUCAAAUACUGGCAGAACGGAUCCUCCUUCGGAUACUCGUUAGCGAAGGCACUUGUGUUCAACAAAGUGCACACGACUCUGGGCCUAGAUAAAUGCACCACGUUCGUGUCUUCGGCCGCGCCAUUAUCACCAGACAUAAAGAAGUUUUUCAUGUCCUUGGAUCUGCCCAUCAUGGACGCUUUCGGCAUGAGUGAAAUGUCUGGGGCCCACGCGCUGAGUAUCUACCCCAAAUUCAAACUGGACUCUGCGGGAGAAGUGCUAACAGGCACCCACACUCGGUUCGAUGGCGCAGUGAGUCAGAACGGGCCGGGCGAGGUCUGCAUGAGCGGGCGGCACGUGCUGAUGGGCUACCUCAACGACGAGGAGAAGACCAGUGCAGCUAUCGACGCUGACGGCUGGCUCCACUCCGGAGACAUAGGGAGAAUCGACGCGCAUAAUCUGCUUUAUAUCACUGGCAGAAUAAAGGAACUUCUAAUCACCGCUGGGGGAGAGAACGUGGCCCCCGUACCCAUAGAACAGUGCGUACAGGCGGAGCUAAGGCAUCUCGGGUACGCCGUGCUCAUCGGGGACCAACGCAAGUUCCUGUCACUGCUCGUAACGAUCAAGGCUAAAGUGAACUCGGACACCGGCGCCGCACUCGAUGAAUUGGAGAGCGAGGCGAAGAAAUGGGUGGCCAGCCUCGGCUGCAAGGCUACCACCAUCAGCGAGAUCUACAACUCCAAGGACCCGGCUGUGCACAAAGCGAUUGAAGAUGGAAUCAAGCGUGCAAACAAGCAAGCUAUUUCAAAUGCUCAAAAAAUACAGAAAUUCGCUAUAUUGCCUGCAGAUUUUUCAAUGUUAUCAGGAGAAUUAGGACCAACGCUCAAAAUCAAGAGGAAUGUUGUUUACGAGAAGUACAAAGACAUCAUAGAAGGCUUCUACAAAGAGUGAUUUUAGUGUAAGUUUAGCAUUAGGGCAUGGGGUGUACAUUAAAUUAUAAUAAAUUAUAUUGCUCAACUAGGGACUUAUUGUGAUUGACUCUGUAGAGGUGUAAAUAGGAUAUAUUUUGUUACGAAAAUAUACAGUUUUUUUUAA